UAUAUAUAGUCCGUAUUCCAAACUGUGGCUUUACCAUGCUUUACACCCAUACCGUGAGAGUUACAAAUAAAUAAUACCUACUUGCCUUCUUAAAAUAUGUAAGUAUAAUAUAUUAACCUAUCUCAAAACAAACAAUUGAUCAGACAAUUGAUUUUGAAACAAUAGAGCGCAGUUAGAUAAAUAUUUUGAUCAACAACAUUCACGUUUGACAAUGUAUCUUUAUUAUAACGACACAAAGACCCUUACGGCCACGGCGCAGAGUUCACACACUAAAAACAAAUGUUCAAAUAUUAAAAUGAUAGCCUUAAAAUCCAUUAUUAUUAUUAAUAUUGUGAUAAACGAAAUAAAAGUGAUUGAUUUAUUGGAAAUUCCAUCCGAACAAACAGAAAAAAAAAGAUUGAUUUAAUAGAUCUAACUCGACCAACAAUGUGGAAGGAUUUAGAAGACUUCUAUGGAGCUGUUGAUCGUCGUUGGAAAAUAUGUAUGAACUGCGGUUUUCCCAGCCUAGGUACAGGCAUGCAUCUAGAACUUCCAGGCACAUCAAGCUCAAUGCAUCCAGCGGUCAUACCUACGGAUUAUUUGAUGACGCGAUUAAUUAUAAUUGACGUGAGCACAUUAGCUCGAAUAGACCCGGCCAUGAUCUUGACACUAGAUGUUGCACUACAAUGGCUUCCCUUGAAGCAUGAUCCGCUGGAACCCACACUACUUUUAUUCAAGUUUGGAUGGAAGGAAGAAAAUUACCCCCAGGUCAGGAGUUGCAUUUGCAAAGCUCCAGGUAUAAGUUACGACCUAGCUGCAUGGAUUGCAAAUAAUCUUAGUCACGUGGUGGGUGUAGCCACGGAUGCACCUACAUUAGAAUCUGAAGAAACAAGGGAAUUCACUAGCAGAACUGUAUCUAAUUUACUUGGCAAAAACGGCGUUUAUAUGAUUGAGAAUGUGAACUUCCGAAGAAGAUUACCAGAAUACGGGUGCAUGGCAAUCGCUAUGCCUUUAAAGCUAUUAAACGCCUACUACGUCCCAACUCGAUUGACAGCAUUUUGUUCCACGACAAAACUACCAGUAGUGUUGGCUCUUAGCAAGUUUGGUAGAGUCCAGAAACCAGCCACCAGCAGAGUUUACGACGUUAAUUUGGAAGAAAUACUUAAUUGAUUCAAGCUAUUUCUGUUGUUUGAAUCUGCUAAUGCAAUAUAUUGAAUCUUAAAA